AUGUCAUCGAGCAAUGCUGGGUCUCGAUUAUUUGGUGACGAGGAUCCUUUUGUCAUUGUGAAUUCAGAUGAGGACAUUACUGUUAUUGUCGCCCCUCACAAGAACAAGAAGAAAAGGAUUGUAAAGGUGGGUGAUAGGGCAAAAUCCAAGAAAACCAAGACAGAUGUGCCCCUGAAGGAAACUGCAUGGCCGAGCGUCGAGACGGUGCCCGUUGCCACCGAGUCCGUGCAAAAAACCUUGCUGGAGGCGGGGCCUAGCAUAGUUCCUCCUGUGAUGAGUGCAGCCUCGAUGGCCUACUUAGUGCAGUUGAGGAAACUGCGAGAAGACCUGGCUACAACAAGGGUGGAGAGGGACGAGGCAUUAUUCGAGGUGGUUACCCUCGAGGAGAAGGCUCGACAAGUUCAGGCCAAGGACGCCGAGAUUGUCAAAGUGCAGGCCAAAUAUGAUGAGCUUGACGAAGAGAUGAAGUCGUUUGCCAGCCUGCAUAUUUCCAAGGAGGAGCUCCACCAGUGGUGUACCGCUUUUAUGUAUAGAAUGAUAUCCACAGGGGGAAUGGCGGCAGCCCUUGAGGAGGUGAACUUGGUUGUCACCAAGUGUGGUGCACACCGAGUGGGUGUGGCCGGGUUGAAGAGGCUCGACCAGGAUAGGCCAAUUAAGGCCAAAUGGUUCAAGCAACUCUUGAUGGAGGACCCAAAGAAAACCAUGCACGAGGCCAUGGUUAAGGGUGCGAGUGAGAAAGAUCCUAUACCCGAGGUUCCUGACGAGUACAUGGGUAUCGAGCUCGAAGAUGCAGAUGAGGAAUCCGAGGAAGACGUUGCUGAUACCAGCCACUCUGGUGUUCAGAGAACCGUCAAGGACGCCUCUCAGGCCCCUUCCAAGGACCCUUCUAAUGAUCCUUCCAACGAUCCUUUCCCAGGCAGUGAUGUUGACCUGCUUGAUGCCAUGAGGACGCACAAUGUGAAGGUUAACCAGCAUCUGAUAAACAAGAUCAAAGGACUUCGCGAGGAGAUGCAGCGUCGAGAGGUUCAAAGCCUGAAAGACCACAGUGAUUCUCUAACUUUCGAGGCUGAGAUCCAUGACAAGCUGGUGACCAUGGAGAAGGAAAAUGCUCGACUCAGGGCAAGCCAUGGAUAUAUUGAAAGAGAGGUCUCACGAGAUCGAGCUUCUUACAGAAUAUGUUGCUCAACUGCAAAAUAUUCUGCUGGACAACAAUGUCGACUUCUAGGCUUUCGAGCGUCCAUAGAAAAUAGUGGAUCCUCAAAAUCGGAGCUCUCAAGAGGAGCUGUUGAUGAAGGUGCACGCUCAGGACACAGAGAUCGUGGACCUAAAGGACAAAUUGAAUCAGUGUGUGAAUCUCCUUAG